GGGGGACUCUUAUUGUGACAUGUUUCUGGCUUUUGAGCCGAAAGUUUACGUUAAGUCCGCGUUAAUAAAGUUGAACGCGUCGUUUUUACAGCUCUAACUCAGGACGCAGUGGAAUAAACUGAGGAUGAUGAUGAUGAUGUUCCUCAGAGAUGUCUGAAGCUGAGAUGGACCCAGAUGUGGCAUUAGGACUCUUUGAAGAAGGAGCCACUUUGGUUCUCCUCGGUGUUCCUGAAGGAACCGAGCUGGGUCUGGACUAUAAGACCUGGGGGGUGGGUCCACGCUUCCGUGGCAUUAAGAUGAUCCCUCCAGGUAUCCACUUCCUCCAUUAUAGCCCGGCUAAUGCUAAGAGUCAGGGCGGAGAACUGGGUCCUAAACGUGGCGUCUUCCUCUCGCUGAAACCUCGCGAGAUCCUUUUGGCUCACUGGGACAAAGACGAGGAGGAUUUGGACUUUUCUAUGUCAGAGAAUUCAGAAGAGGUUUCUCGUGUGAGAUCCAGCCUCCGUGAGCUCGAUUCCUAUCUGGGGCCGUAUCCGUAUGACACUCUGAGGAAGUGGGUGUCUCUGACGGAUAAACUGAGCCAGGAUGUGGCGAGCGCGCUGCAGCCUCUGAGCGGACGCGUGUGCGCCUUCAGCGACGUGGUUCCCGAACUGCAGCUGACGCACACCAAAGACAGAACCGAGCAGAACCUUCCUCGGAACGACACGGAGUGCCGGAGCAUGAAGGAAGGACUGGAUAGGCUUCCACGCAUGAAGCAGAGGGAAGGAACGGAAUUCCGCUUCUCUCACAUCCCUCAACAGACGUAUCCUCCAGGAGCCACGCCCGCUCAGAUCACACAGUGCAGCAUGGACCUCAGCUACGCCCUCAACCAGCUGCUUGAGAACAACUACAAGGAACAGCCGCUCAACGUCCUCGGCGAGUUACAGUUUGCCUUCGUGUGUUUCCUCAUUGGGAACGUGUAUGAGGGGUUUGAGCACUGGAAGCAGCUGCUGCUUCUCCUCUGCAGGAGUGAGGAGGCCAUGAGACAGCGCUCUGAUCUUUACCUGGGCCUCAUCAGUGUCCUCUACCACCAGCUCGGUGAAAUUCCUCCCGACUUCUUUGUUGACAUCGUGUCUCAGAACAACUUCCUAACCUCCACGUUACAGGAUUUCUUCCAGUUUGCCGGUUCUCCAGGCGUCAACACUUCUCUCAGAAAAAGAGCAGAGAAGUUUAAAGCUCAUCUGACCAAGAAGUUCCGCUGGGAUUUCGAGGUAGACCUGGACGAGUGUGCUCCGGUGGUGGUGGAGCUUCCAGAAGGAGUCACGCUGGACUGAAGCUCACACGACGUUCUGAGAAACAUCAGAGAGAUUUGAACAGAGACGGUAAAGUGCCGGAGAGGACGAAGGUUCCUGGUUCACGCACGGACGUGACCGAUCUUUCAUCCUUCAUCAUCGUUAUCAAUGUUAUUGUUAACGGUGAAAGGUGCACUUAUAGCAGAAAAGUAAUGUUUUGGCUAGAAAUAAAGUGUGAAAUUUUUUUUUUUUUUUUUUUUCCAAGUUGGACUGAAGAUAAUGUUAAUUAAGGGAAGCUCAUAGCCACCAGUUUAAUGUCUCCUCAAGCAGCUUUGUGGAGAUGUUUAUUCUCUUAAACACAAUCACUGAUGUGGUUUCUGACUGUUUUCUUAUAAAAACAUACUCAGUCCAGUAAAGCUUCAGUGGUGAACACUACACCAGUGCUUCCCUUACAGAAAAGGUCUCAGUACCAGGUAGAACCCGGUUAGGAUGACGAAAACCAUUAAGUACCAAGAGGAACCCUUGACGAACAUUUAUUUUCUCAGAGAUCACGGAGCUCCCGACAGGUUCUAGAGAUCACAGACAUCAGUGAGUGAUCAUUUGGACGCUUACCCAGUAAAUACAUCCUGUACUUAGAAAUCAGGGUUCUAGAGUUCGUUGGAUAAUUAAGCGUUAGACUUCAUUCUAAUCGGGGAAACAUUUAGCUGUAGUUUUCUACACCCGACCUUUAAGGUUUCCUGGCAGGACCAACUGAAGAGUCUUUGGAGAACAUUGUAGCUUAUUUUAUUUGCAGCUUCGAGCAAAACGGAACAUUUAAAAGCCCUCGAAGAACUCUGUAGAACCUUAUGAUAAUGUUUUCCCCUCAGAAAGGGUUCAAACACAGGGGAUAACUACCUCUAAUUACCCAAUGAGCCUUAAAGAACCCUCCAAGAUCUACAACCAAGAGCCACGUCUUAAAACGAGUCUCCGUCUUUCCAAAACGUCUGGAAGAUGUCGAAUCAUGAAGGUUAUGAAAUGUGAGGAUUUAGACAUGCUAAUCUGUUGGCUAUAAGCUGUUCUUGUUAGCUACAUUAGCAUCUGUCACAUCUAAUCACGUCUGAUUCGUAAUUGGAGUUGAAGAAAGGUUCAAAGCCUCAGUUUUCUUUUUGUCCACAUUGUAAUUUAAACAAUUUAAUACUUUUUAUACUUUUUUUGUUUUGUCAAUAAAAGCCAAUUUUCUUUA